AUGGCGUUCGCGCUGCUGCGCCCCGUCGGCGCGCACGUGCUGUACCCGGACGUGCGGCUGCUGAGCGAGGAUGAGGAGAACCGCAGCGAGAGCGACGCGUCCGACCAGUCGUUCGGCUGCUGUGAGGGCCUGGAGGCGGCGCGGCGCGGCCCGGGCCCCGGGGGCGGGCGGCGGGCGGGCGGCGGCGGCGGCGGCGGCGCGGGCCCCGUGGUGGUGGUGCGACAGCGGCAGGCGGCCAACGCGCGGGAGCGGGACCGCACGCAGAGCGUAAACACGGCCUUCACGGCGCUGCGCACGCUCAUCCCCACCGAGCCGGUGGACCGCAAGCUGUCCAAGAUCGAGACGCUACGCCUGGCGUCCAGCUACAUCGCGCACCUGGCCAACGUGCUGCUGCUGGGCGACGCGGCCGACGACGGGCAGCCGUGCUUCCGUGCUGCCGGCAGUGCCAAGAGCGCGGUCCCCGCCGCCCCCGACGGCGGCCGCCAGCCGCGCUCCAUCUGCACCUUCUGCCUCAGCAACCAGCGCAAAGGGGGUGGCCGUCGUGACCUGGGGGGCAGCUGCUUGAAGGUGAGGGGGGUGGCCCCCCUCCGAGUGCCGCGGAGAUGA